GAGUGAAACGUUACAUUGAUUGUUUUUUUGUUAUUGUUGUUUUUUUUUUCUCCACCCGUGUUUAUCCAAAACCCGUUUUUACGGGCUAAAUUAUUCCAGAUCGAGCGAGCCGCCUCUUAAUCAGCCCGGAAGGCCAGCACGGCACGCGAGGUGAGGGGUGGAGCCUCACAAGAGAAAACACUCUCGCUGAGUUGUUUAGCCUGUUAGCUAGCCGCCUGACGGCUUUAAUUCAGCACAUUUAACAACAUUCAUGAUGGAGUCUUCACUCGGGAUAUCCGAUAGCCAGUGUUUGGCCACUGUUAGAGGACAUGAGCUCAGAAACGGACAAAAAGAACCAAGACUUCUGUCCCUGUUAGAGUGUUCUGGACAGUUCAAGUUGGAUAUUCUGGCAAAUCCUGAAGCAAUUGUAUUAAGCCCAGUGCCCCAGCUCUCUAUCCCCAUUAAUAACCAUUUUCAGAUAGUUCGAGAGGCUGAAGAAGCGCUUCUCAUUGACAUCUCGAUUAACACGACAGUACGGGUUCGUCUUCAAGGCGAGCAAACGCCGGAGCUUCUCCUGGAGCUGCAGGAUGAUGUUCACACUCAGUCCUUCUUACAGCAUGUGACGAAGGCCAAACAGCAAGCUGAGAAGAAGAGUUCACAACCCAGAAAGAUGGAGCCUGUUGUACCUGUUCCGGUCAAAGACUGCAUUCCAGUCCCACCUCAAAGAGGAACCUCCAAAUCCACCUCAAAUAAAAUCAACAAUAGCACUUUAGUAAAGCCCCCAAACACAGACUCCGGCCUCUCAAUGACCACAGAUUUUGGCUUUGAAGAAAAGAAGAACCAGCAAAACCGUAUAGUUGCGCAACGAGAGCCACCUCCUCCACCACUGCCCCCUCUGCCCCCUCGGAAGGGCACAUAUACACCAUCGAAUAACCUCACAGCAGGCCCAACUACCAAAGAAAGGCCACCAUCCGCACAGAACUCCAAAUCAGUCAGAAAUGAACUUCAGUCUGUCACCCCAUCCAACUACACCAUGAGACAGGCCAUGAUGAGCAGCCACACAGGGUCAAGGGAAGGCCUGCUUAAGUAUCGUCUCAACAAGAAGGAGAAAGAAUACGUGGACAUUAAGAACUUUAGGUUCUUCAUUGGCACUUGGAAUGUUAAUGGUCAGUCUCCUGACAGCAGUCUUAAGCCCUGGCUGUGCUGUGACCCAGACCCUCCAGAUGUCUACGCACUGGGAUUUCAGGAACUGGACCUGAGCACUGAGGCCUUUUUCUAUAUGGACUCAUCCAAAGAACAGUUAUGGGUUGAUGCAGUAGAGCGAAGCCUCCAUCAUAAAGCCAGAUACAAACAGAUCCGUAUCAUUCGCCUGGUGGGAAUGAUGCUGGUGGUGUAUGUCAACGAGGAGCACCAACAUCACAUUCGAGAGGUGGCUUCUGAAUCUGUGGGAACUGGCCUUAUGAAUAAAAUGGGGAAUAAAGGAGGCGUGGCUGUGCGCUUUGUGUUCCAUAAUACUAGCUUCUGCUUCGUAAACUCUCACUUGGCGGCUCAUGUGGAUGAUUAUGAGCGGCGGAACCAGGACUACAAAGACAUAUGUGCCCGCAUGAGUUUCCAUCUGCUGGAAUAUCCACCUCUAAGUAUAGUCAAACAUGAUGUGGUGAUUUGGCUUGGAGAUCUCAACUACAGGCUAUGUUUUCCUGAUGCUGGGGAAGUAAAAAAACUUAUUGCUUCGAAGGAGCUGCGGAAGCUGCAGGAGUAUGAUCAGCUGAACAUCCAGAGAAAUACUAAACGUGCCUUCACUGACUUCAUGGAAGGGGAGAUUAAUUUCUGGCCAACUUACAAAUAUGAUGCUAAAUCAGACCGAUGGGACUCAAGUGGGAAGUGUCGAGUCCCUGCCUGGUGCGACCGUAUCCUCUGGAGGGGGAGCAGCGUGAAGCAGCUUCACUACCGAAGUCACAUGGAGCUGAAGACCAGUGACCACAAACCUGUCAGCUCUCUCUUCAGUAUCGGGGUGAAGAUGGUGAUUGAGCAGCGCUACAAGAAGGUGUUUGAAGAGAUUGUGCGGGACAUGGACAGGUUGGAAAAUGACUUUCUGCCCUCUUUGUCCCUAACACAACGGGAGUUCACUUUUGAGAAUGUGAAGUUCCGUCAGCUUCAGCGUCGGAGUUUUCUCAUCACUAAUGACGGACAGGUUGCUUGCACCUUCGCCUUCAUUCCCAAACUCAAUGAUUCGCAGUACUGUAAGCCCUGGCUACGUGCUGAGCCCAGCGAAGGGGUACUAGACCCUAAUGAGGCAAUGGAGAUCUUUCUGGAGGUGUAUGUCAGUAAAGACUCUGUGAUGCUGCUAAACUCUGGUGUGGAUAAAAUCGAGGACAUCCUGGUGCUUCAUCUGGACCGGGGGAAAGACUACUUCAUCACUAUUGCGGGAAACUACCUGCCCAGCUGUUUCGGCACAUCUUUAGAGACCCUGUGCCGUAUGAAGAAGCCCAUCCGUGAGAUCCCCAUCACCAAACUCAUCGAUCUGGGAGAGGAUAGCUGCAUAGAAAAGGAAAAAUGCCGGAUUAAUUUCUUGUUGUACAAUGAUGGAACAGAGGAUAAACCUCUGAGGAUUCCCAAAGAGGUCUGGUUGCUUGUUAAUCACCUCUACACCAAGGCCUGCCAGCAGGAGGACCUUUUCCAGACCCCUGGCCUGCAAGAUGAUCUACAAAAUAUUAUUGACUGCUUGGACACCAGCAUUCCUGAAUCCAUCCCUGGCUCUAAUCACUCAGUUGCCGAAGCACUAUUGAUCUUCUUGGAGGCUCUUCCUGAGCCAGUGCUGUGUUAUGAACUCUAUCAGCGCUGUCUUGAAUGCUCUCAUGACAGCCGCCUGUGCAAGCAGCUAAUAUCUCAGCUCCCACGAGCCCAUCGCAAUGUGUUCCGCUACCUGAUGGCCUUCUUGAGAGAAUUACUCAAACACUCGAUUGACAACAACCUGAACGCCAACCUCCUAGCUUCUCUCUUCGCAAGCCUCCUCAUUCGACCGCCUCCCAACCUUGCUGGAAAACAGACGCAACACGAUCGUCAGAAAACCAAUGACUUCAUACUGGGGUUCCUGAUGGGAGGCGAUGAAGACUGAGGAAGGGGACUGCAGAACGAGGUGCCAUGUCUUGUCUCAGAGGAGUUCAGGUGGAGCAAAAAAACACUUGAGGUGUUUUUGUGGCUGGUUCUCUGGGAGAUAUUUGGGCCACCCUGCACUAAGAUGGCUAACAGCCUCCAUAAUGAAAGUUUGACACUGUUGGAUUGUGCCUGUUUUGCACAGACACUGCCCAUUGGUUUCGUUACGCUGUUCUUCUGUUCCUGCUACAGAGGAAUUAGGUGUCAGUUUAUUUCUGUAGUAUUAAUAACUACACUUUAACCCCUAUAAACCUCAUCUUUUUGACUAUAGCAUCUAUAAUGCUAUGUCCAACCCCACUUUCUCUGGUUUUAAUCUCUGGAUCAGAGUGCUGUAAUGCCAAAUCAAAUAUUCUUGGCCAGAUUUGACUGAAUGUGUGUGAAUGUGACUCAUGGGCACUCAAAAGAAUGACUUUGUUACACUAAAGGAAAGCAGUGUUGUGGAUAUUGUAUUGACUGCUGCUGCCAGGUUAAAUGCGCCAUCAAAGCACCAUUUUCCAUCUGUCUCAUGCUCCCUUCUUUUUCUCCUUCGAAAAUUACCAUCACAGGGAAGUGUUUCCUAACUUUGACGGUCGACUACCUUUCGAAGUGGAGGAGAAGUCUGGACUAUGAUCUUUACUCAGUUCUAUCUGAAUCAUGAUGAAUCACCUGGCAUUGUCCGUCGUGGUGUGCACGUUAUUUAUGUUUUCCAGUCUCAUACACCAUUGUCCUCAGCAUUGGGUAUUUGGAUGUCCUCCACAGAUAAAUAUAAGUUUGUUAUUCUUCAGAACUUUGGUCUCCGGUCUCCUUUUCAGUCCGUUAUGAUGGCACAGCUACACCCAUAAUUCUUAGUCAUCUUGAAUAAUGGCAAUAAUAAGCGGAUGUGAUUAUCUUCAUUAGAUCUGGACUCUGGGUCUGAAACGUUUAUUCUUUUGCGGUCUUAUUCUUUUAUAGAUCUGUUAUGGAUCCUUUCGUGCUACAGAGAUGUUAACGUUUUAACUAAUGUGCUCACUGGGUCUUUUAUUGUCUUUUGUCUGUCAUGUCUUGUAAUGAAGAUGCAGCUGUGGUUCUUCUAUUUAUAUGAAUGAUGAUACUAACCCAAACUGGGGUAAUUUUGUGUACGUUUAUGUGUCCUUUGUUGGUGUUGAUUCAUGUUACAUUUACACUUUCUGUUUUUCUAUACACUUUUCUGUUUGUAGUGACAUACUGGCAUGUUUAUUUCUCUUGAAAUUCAUAGUACACGUGAUUCUGAUGAUCUUGCUGGUUUUUAACUUCUUGCACCAGUCAGUCUGGUUUUGUACUACAGUGUGUAAAGAGGAAGUUUCCUCUGUUAUACUCGUAUUAAUCAUCACCCCAAUGCUAAAAUGUUAUUGGAUCAAAAUCCACCAAAGCCGUUUCUCCACAAUGUGUGUGACAUUUCCUCAGAAUCUCACAGGAAAUGUUUUGUGUCAGUCUUGCAACAUGGAAAAAGAGUUGUAAGCAGUUUCUGACUUGUUGUUCUGCCUUCCCUUACUGUCAGAAAAAAAAAUGUGUGAAAAUUGUAGUUUUAGGUGUACAACAGCUUGUGACAGUACCCUUAAAGGGUAACUUUGUACCUUAUCUAACACUAAAAGGUGCAUAUUAGUACAUUUAGAGUACUAAUAUAUACCUUUAAGGUACUGAUGUGCACAUUUUUAUAAAUAAGUUACAGAGAUGUCCUUGGGGAUCUGCCCUAGUGACAAGCUGUUACAAUUUCUGCACAUUUUUCCUGAGAGUGUUGAAAACUUUAAAUAGUGAACUUUAAAUGUCUAAAUCACUUCACCUCCUCUGCCGUGUUUACAAGCCCCUGUCUGAGUCUGAGCUUUCUGUUGGGCUUAUUUUUUUCUAAUUUCUGCUUUGGAAAGGACCACCAUGGAGCUUGACUGUCUUAUUCAAACACUUAUAGCCUGGAAUCAUUCUUUUUAUUGCCAAUAGAUGAUGUUUCUGGGAGGACCUCAUUGCAGGAGACUGAAUCAGUGGAACACAAAUGCAGAUGACGAUUGCACAGAUUUCUGGUGUGCUGUGAUCACCACCCUGCCUGUUUGUUUAUUGUUGUGUCCUGUCUUUCUAUCCAUUCAGUUUUUCUAAUGAUGUUUCUGGUACUUUACAGAUGGGUACUUGCACAUACUUUGUUUUAUUUGUGGGGCGGGGCUAGGCAUCUAAUUUAUUCAAUGAAAUAAAGACAUUAUGAUCAUAUUA